CCCCUCCCUCCUCUCGCUCCUUCCGCUCUGCCUUCUCGGCCCCCGUCGCACAGCACGCGUGGGCGCGCAGGGGCGCCCCCGGCCUGCCUCUCCUCGUGCGUUCGCCCGCUCCGGCUGAUGUAGCCAAGUGCUCCGUGUCACUGAACCCUCUCCACGUAAGAGCUUGGCGGAGUGCCCGUCGGGGGCGGGCAGUGCGGCGCGAUGACGGCCGCCGCCGUGGCGAUCUGGAUCUCCCAGACCAUCGGCUUCGCAUCGGCGCUCAGCGGGAGACAGCAGGGGAUAGCAGAGAUCCUGGCCUCGGCCGACCCGAGCGCUGGGGUGCCUCACACGGUGGAGGCGGCGGAGGGCGAGCUGAAGGCACACGAGGGCGGGGUCAGCAGGUCCCUGUUCGCCUGGAGCGCUGGGGACGAGGAGGCAGGGGGGGGGCCAGAGCAGGUCUCGGGUGUUGAGGGCCUGGCCCGCAGCUUUGCGCUGGACCGCAAGAAGCCCAAGAGGAAGGCGGUCAACACGACCGUGGUGAAGAAGAAGAGGAAGCAUUGGCCAGCGCACCUGCAGGCACGCCUGCUCCUGCCAGAGGCCAAGGUGGCCUUCUGCUACAUGCCGAAGGUGGCGUCCGCCCAGAUGAGCAGCAUGUUCGGCGAGCUCAACGGUAUCGACGAGGACUACAACGAUCCUUGGGAGGCGUCUGGACCAAAGGCGCUCAACAUCAGCUGGGCCAACGUGACGAAGGCGAAUGGCUGGAAAUUCGCCUUCUUUACCCGUGACCCCUUGGCGCGCUACCUCUCUGCUUUCGGCUCCAAGUGUCUGCCCAACUCCGACGGUAUUGUGGAGGGCAACGGCAAGGAUUGCUUGGGCAAAAUUACCUGGCAUUUUGCACCCAUGGAGCAGUUGGUGCAAACUUUCGAGGAGCGUGCCAGGAACGACACCAAGAAGGGUCGACCCGCUAACAACUCUCACUGGUUCUCGCAGUCCACGUGCUUGCGCGCCUGUGGCAUUGACCGGUUCCAUCCGAAGGCGGUCGACUUCAUCGGAAAUCUCGACAACGAUGCGCACGCCGAGGUCACCCGCAUGUUUGACACCCUCGGCGUGUCGGCCGCAUACCCGCAGGCGAAGGAGGUCGUGGAGAAGUACUUCCCCAGCGAGGGCGCCGGCCACUCCUCGAGGUCCCACAACAAGCAGGAACCGGGACACGUUCUACAGAAACCGCACCACGGUGUGGCUGGUGAGCAAGCUGUACCAGGAGGACUACGAACGCCUCCACCUCAAGAGGCCGGCCGUGUGGAACGAGGCCGUGGAGACCAGCCGGCAAGAGAGGUUCCACGACGACGAGCUCCUGACCCCGGAGGACAUCGCCAGCAUCGCCGCGCUCGAGGCCGAGAGGAACGCGAACAAGGACAGGCGGACAAUCAGAGGCGCAGCGCGGCCCACGGCGCCCGCGCGCCAGGCCUUGUGGCGGCGCUGCUGCCGCUCAUGGCCCUCGCGGCCGCCAGGGCGGCGGCGUGCUGAGCCGGCCGCCGUCCGCGCAGAGGGGCGUUUGAUGGUGGUGGUGGAAAACGGGCCCAUCCGCAUUCCUGUUCGGGCGUUGCGUAAGGGGGGAUGACGCCCGGGCAUGCCCGCGUCGUAAAAAUAUCAGGACGGGAGGUGCAUCGCCGUCUUCAGUCUCCGGGGGCCCUCGCCUGGUCGAACAACGACUGAGGAUGAAGCGCCGGUCCCGGCGACAGGUUGCUUCCUAAUCACCCCUGUCCUCCCCUUUUCCCUCCCCCCCUUUUCUUCGCCUUGUCCUCCGCGCCAGAUGCCGCGGGUGCGGUGGACGGGGCUCCGGCGGGGCCGUUUCGGGUUGCCGCCGUGCUCGGCGCACCGAGCGCGCAGCACGGCGAGGU